GGAAGGGUACGUCGUCAGUUUGGGCUUUGUGUAGUUCUCGUUUGGUACCUCUCGUGAACAUACAGCGUUUGGAGAUGCUCAAGGUUGCAGUCUUUUGUGCGUGCCUGGUGCACUGGGCCCACAGCCAGUUCACGACCUUCAAUGAUCCUUAUGCACAACAGGGAUACAGGGCUGACUACCCAUAUCGAAGACCUGGCGUUGUGCAGACCGUCUAUCCACGCCCGGUGGACCGCGCAUCCCCGCAGGUGGUCGACCUCAUCCAGCCAUACAGCUUCUCCUACGACGCCAUCGGGCACGACGGUUCCAGCAGCCGAAGUGAAAGCGGCGACGGCCGUGGCAGAGUAACGGGGUAUUACACCCUGAGCACCGGUGAAGGUUCCAGGCGGCGCGUAAGCUACGUUGCAGAUGAAGGCGGUUUCAGGGCAACAGUCGACACCAACGAGCACGGCACAGCGGACGACUCCCCUGCUGACGUUGUCUUCCGUUCCACCGCUCCUAAGCUUCCUUCGGGUCCAGCCGCCCAGAGGGUGCAUACGAGGACAAGGUUCCUUCCAGUAAGAGUUGGUGGACCCACUUUCUCCGUUCAGCGGGGUGACUACGAGCCCGUCUACGUGCAACAGCAUUUCGCUGGCCCAUACCCGUCGAGUCAGAGAAGGCGCUAGAUGUACUGCGGAGUAGUGAAUAUUGUGAUACCAUGGACCAUCGCUUGUUGACUGCCCUUUACGUGAAAUGAAAUAUGUUUAACGCUCUUUA